GUGUGUCCUCUCUCAUACGUUUCAAAUCGCAGUCGCAGAGCAAAGCAGAGCCAAGAAGAAGAAGAAGAAAACCAACAUAAUCAACAACAACAAAAAGCUUGCAAAUUAGAAGAAUCUUCAGUUAAAAGGGAAGAAGAACACACAAGAAGAAAGAGAAGAAGAAACGCGCGCGAAUGAAGGGAGAAUUAGAGUUGCCACCUGGGUUCAGAUUUCACCCCACUGAUGAAGAAUUGGUGAAUCACUACUUGUGUAGGAAGUGCGCUGGUCAACCAAUCGCGGUUCCCGUCAUCAAAGAGGUCGAUUUGUACAAGUUUGAUCCAUGGCAGCUUCCAGAAAUUGGUUUUUACGGCGAGAAAGAAUGGUACUUCUUUUCUCCUCGGGACCGGAAAUACCCGAACGGUUCACGGCCGAACCGCGCCGCCGGAAGCGGCUAUUGGAAAGCCACCGGCGCUGAUAAACCGAUCGGAAAACCGAAAGCGCUUGGGAUCAAGAAAGCUCUGGUUUUUUACGCCGGAAAAGCCCCCAAAGGUGUGAAAACCAAUUGGAUCAUGCACGAAUAUCGCCUCGCCAAUGUUGACCGAUCUGCCUCCAAGAAAAAAAACAACAACUUGAGGCUUGAUGAUUGGGUGUUGUGUCGAAUCUACAACAAGAAAGGGAAGAUUGAGAAAUACAACACAGGCGCAGCGAAGAUGAAUGUUGAGAUGGUUCAUAGUUUUGAGCACGAGAACGAGACGAAGCCAGAGAUUCAUAAGCUAGGAAAUGAGCAAUUGUACAUGGAGACUUCGGAUUCGGUGCCAAGGUUGAACACGGACUCGAGCAGUUCGGAGCACGUGGUUUCGCCCGAUGUCACGUGCGAGAGGGAGGUGCAGAGCGACCCCAAGUGGAACGAUGAUCUGGACCUAAAGCUAGAAAACGCGUUUGAUUUUCAGUUUAAUUACUUGGACGAUAAUAACCUUUCCGUGGAUGAUUACCUUUUUGGCACUGUUCAGUAUCAAAUGGGCCAGCUCUCGCCCUUGCAGGACAUGUUCAUGUACCUACAGAAGAUGUGAAAACUGAAAACGAAACGUUUUGAGCAACAUGGGACCCGCAAAUAUCUUUGUUUUAUUAUUUUUUUAAAAGGAAAAGUCAGCAUUUGUAUGCAAUUGCAUUGCACCUAACAUGUGAUGUGGGCUAGGCCAAGCUUAGCAACUAUUCUUAUUCUUUGUUCUAGAGAGAUGAGGGAAUGUUGAAUUCGGCUGAAAUGGGCUAUUUGGAUUGGUUCUUGGUGUAAAGAAAAAAUGAGAGAAGGAGAUUAGGUGCUGCAGUAAGUAAAAAGUAAGUGAGCAAAUUGAUGAUAGGUUAUUGGAGGGUUAAUGUGUGGGUGUAAGGACUCACUUAGGAAAAUUCUUGUUCCAUUGCUAUUCCAGCAUAUGAUUUUUUCAUAUAUUUUGUAAUAUACAACUUUCUACUUUUCCAUUCAAAGGAAACAACUGAAUGAAAAAUCUUGCUUUCCAAGGAUGGAAA